AUGGGCUGGUUCUGGGGAAAUUCCAACAAAGACGAUCCCGUCAAGAACCUCGACCCGGGGCUCCGCGAGUACCUCGAGCACGAAGCUCCCACCAAAUACGUCCCGACAACACAAACCCCCUCUCCAGACCCCUCCAAAACCGUCGAACCACCACAGUCCCCUCAACAAUCUCAACCACAACCUGCAAACGAGUCCGAGAACAGUGUUCCUUCUGCCUCUCUCUUCCCCGACGGCCGGUAUGCGCACCUAUGGAAGACGUACAAGCCUCCGGAGUCGGAGGGCGCGGAACUCAAAGGCGCAGAGCGGGUGAUUGGGAAGGAGAAGGAGCGCAAGGAUACGGUACAUCGGGCUGCGAUGGAGAAUUGCGCGUUGGAACAUGAGGCUUUGACUUUGUGUUUCCAGACAGGGACUUGGCAGAAGCAAUUGAAGGCGAGGGCGACUAUGUGUUCGGAGGAGAAUGGUACUUUCUCGAGGUGUUUUACGACGCAGUCGAAAUUCCUUCAAGCACUAGGAUACACUUCCGCAUUCGACUGGGACGCAGACAGAGAAGAACGCAUCCAGAUGCAUGCGGACAAGCUCUACCACCAAAUGCUGGACUAUGAAAAGAAAGUCGAGCAGGCACGAGAGGCUGGCCUUGAACCACCACCAAUCACUUCCCUCUUCAACCCGCAGGCGCAGACUACCACUGCACAGGGCCAGAUCCCCAAGGGCAAAGCCGUCGAGAUCCCUGGAGGAGAGUCGAUUCCGGACGGUUUCAAACCGUCGAAACCGCUUGACCAGCUUACGCCUCACGAACGGGAACUGGAAAUCCGGGCGCAUAACUCGCAGUUGGAGCAGAGGAAGAUGUACAUGCAAGAAGCGGCGCCGUUCAUGAAGACGCAGGAAGACGCGCGCUUAAAGAGACAGGAAAAGAUGACGAGUUGGUUUGGAGAGACGAUUGGACGAUGGGUCACGUAG